AUGGCGAGCGCUGAAGACAUAUUCCAUUUCCUGGCCCGUAACGCUUCCGAGGACUCUAUUUCUUCGGCGCCCGAGGGUUUCGCGCUUGCUCCGAAGCCUCAAAUCCUGGGUAGUAUUCCGACGAAGGUAAACAACUUUCUCUCCCGACAAUUAUCGUUUCACACCAACACGUUCAGGUAAUAACAAGUUGCAAGCGGUCCGUUGUUGCCGCCUCACUUGUCGACUCGUCGAGCAGCUCGCGAAGCACCAGCGAUUCGGAGGAGGAAAGCGAAUCCAGAAAGCGUCCUUCUACCGUAUCGGGCGAAAUCGAACGGGAAAGUGUUAUUAGACCAAAGGUCAUUAAGAUGACAAAGGUAGGUUCAGACAUCAAACUGAUUUUCUUUUUGAAAUUUGAAACUCAUUUCAGGCCGAGCUUGACAUGCCUUCUUCGGAAGAACUCGAUGAGGAACUGAUCCGAUGCAUCCCUCUCCGUCCGGUUUGCUCCGUCUACAUGGUCAGCUACAACCAAGAAUUCCCGAUCGACGUACACGCCAAGGAUAUCCCUGAACUCAUCAAAACUCAAGUCGCCGGAUUGAAUAUCGGAAUAGAAAAUGUCUGUUCAUAGACUUUGGACAACAAAACAAAUGUUUUUUUCAGGUGUCCAUCCCAGUAUUUCCCACCUACGCCGAAAGACUAGCCGAGCAUCAAAAGCGACGCAAUCUCGAGCAGUACAUCUUCUCCGACCGCUACAAGACCGUUUGGCACGCAGAAAUCAGAAACGAAGACGGAAAAUCGGUGCGAAUGACGGUUCCAUUUACUGUGGACGUUGCCGAUAUCUUCAAUAGCUUUGUAAGUUCUUUUACGACAAGGAAACCCUACAAUAACUUGAUCAAUGCAAUUCCACAAAAAGAACUCUGAGCGUGGGUGCUUUGUGACGCAAGGUGUUUUACGGCUUCUACCCUGCACAUUUUCAGACUAAGACGACGGUUCCGAUGGAAAUCAAGGAGAAGACUUAUGAGUACGCAGUGAGCAAAGCGAAAAAGAUCUCCGAGUUCAGAGACGUGUUCUCUAUGAAUGUAAGGAUAGGGCCAGUGUGUCUUUUCGAUAAUAUUACGACAAAUUUAAAAAAAAACUGGAUAAGGCUCACACUUUUCUUCAUGAAAAUGACUUUCAGAACCCGAACGUUUCUCGCCGCCCUUCGUCUAUCAUCAAACGCAACAAACAAUCAUGCAUCGUGUCGACUGGAUCUUGCCCGUCUCUCCCCAAUUCGGUGUGA